CAGGGAAGUGUUGUCCUGGACUGGUUGUGUUUAUGCGCUGUUCUUCUUGAAAGGGAGCCUUUUGUCCAUCUAACUGAAUUAGACGCCUUUAUAUACUUAAAAAAGCCCUCGCGUUGACAUAGCAGGGUUUGUCCGUUAAUUCACAGUGAAAAUGAGAUCAGUUAGAGUAGGUCUCCGGCCUUUAUUGAAUUUUAUUGUUAUCUGCGUCACUUUGUUAUCUAAUAACAUGGCAGUUUUUGCCACGAAUAGGAGACCGAAUAUUGUUUUGAUUUUGACUGACGACUUGGACGUCAAAAUCGGUGGUAUGAUUCCCCUAAACAAGACAAGAAAGCUUAUUGGUGAGGCAGGAAUAUCAUUUACAAAUUCAUUUGUGGCCAGCCCCCUGUGCUGUCCCAGCCGUGCCAGCAUCCUCACAGGGAAGUACCCGCACAACCACCACGUGAUCAACAACACCCUGGAGGGCAACUGCAGUAGCAUGGCCUGGCAGAAGAGCCAGGAGCCCAGCGCCUUCCCCUUCCUGCUGCAGCGCUACGCGGGCUACCAGACAUUCUUCGCUGGGAAGUACCUUAACGAGUAUGGAUCCUCUGAAGCAGGGGGUGUCGAGCAUGUCCCUCCAGGCUGGGACUACUGGUUUGCCUUGGAAAGAAACUCAAAGUACUAUAACUACACGCUAUCUGUGAAUGGAAAGGCCCAAAAGCACGGCCAGAACUACAGUGAAGACUAUCUGACAGAUGUGCUGGCAAACAGGUCUAUCGAGUUCCUGCAGUACAAGUCUAACUACAGGCCCUUCUUCAUGAUGGUGUCCACGCCGGCCCCUCACGCCCCCUGGACCGCUGCCCCGCAGUACGAGGGCCGCUUCAAUGACGUCAAGGCACCGCGGGACCCCAACUUCAACGUGCACGGCAAGGACAAACACUGGCUAAUCAGGCAGGCUAAGACACCCAUGACAAACUCCUCUGUGCAGUACCUGGACAACGCCUUCCGGAAUCGAUGGCGCACUCUUUUAUCUGUGGAUGACCUGGUGGAGAAAGUGGUUAAGAAGCUGGAGGUGCGGGGCGAGCUGGAGAACACCUACAUUAUCUUCACCUCUGAUAACGGUUACCAUACAGGCCAGUUUUCUCUGCCCCUGGACAAGCGGCAGCUGUAUGAGUUUGACAUCAGAGUGCCCCUGCUGGUCAGAGGACCAAACAUCAAGCCCAACCAGACAUGCCAGAUGCUUGUGGCCAAUGUGGACCUGGGGCCGACCAUCCUGGACAUCGCCGGGUUCGACGUCAACAAGACUCAGAUGGACGGCAUGUCCUUCCUGCCUCUCAUGAAUGGUAAAGCUCAGAACAGCACCUGGCGGACAGACAUGCUGGUGGAGUACGAGGGCGAGGGGCUGAAUGUCUCAGAUCCCACCUGCCCGCUGCUGGGGCCUGGCGUUUGGGGGUGCUUCCCGGACUGCGUGUGCGAGGAUGCCAUCAACAACACCUACGCCUGCGUUCGCACCGUCUCCCCCUCUACUGACCUGCAGUACUGCGAGUUUGACGACAACGAGGUGUUCGUGGAGGUGUACAAUCUGACAGCAGACCCGUUCCAGCUGAGCAACAUCGCCAAGAGCAUCGACCAGGAGGUUCUGGAGAAGAUGAACCACAGGCUGAUGAUGCUGCAGUCCUGCUCGGGGCCGUCCUGCCGAAUGCCGGGGGUGUACGACUCAAGGUACAAGUUUGACCCACGGAUGAUGUUCAGCAGCGGGGGGCCGCGCAUCAGCCGACUGCGGCAGACGCUGAAGUAAGGUGGGGGGGGGGGUCCGGCCAGCCCCUGCCCUGCUGGGGCCUUGUGUCCUGAGGGUAGUCCUGCAGCUGUCCCACCCCCCCCUCCUCCCCUGCUGGAGGUGGGAGGGGGGAGCCUAACACUGGGAUAGAGGGGUUCCACAGAGAGACAAGGCCAGCCAUCACUACAGCCACUUUUUUAACAUGGUUGCCUUCAUGUGUGACAGAAGCCCUUCUGUUUUGACCCACAAACGCAGUCCCAAAAACAUGAGAG